GCCAUGUUCGCGUAAACAAAAGAAAUCGUUUCUAACAGUCCGCUAUAUCUGUGCGCGUGGACGGCCAAAACCGAGGCAAAAACUAAAUAAAACAAAAUGUUUAGAGUUCAUACAAGACGCCGAGAUUAGGAUAAAAGCUCUGUACAAUGCCUUUUCCAAUUAUGAAUCAGGGGCAGCCAGCCCAGGACACCCCAAAGCAUUAUGGGAUCACGUCGCCCAUCAGCCUGGCCUUGCCAAAAGACUCGGACCUGGCGCAGACGCAGAAACUGGUCCAGGCGCUGAAGCCAUUCGGGGUGUUCGAGGAGGAGCUCGAGCUGCAACGGAGAAUCCUGGUUUUGGGAAAGUUAAACACACUAGUCAAAGAGUGGAUCCAGGAGAUCAGCAGAUCCAAGAAUAUACCACCAGCACUGGUAGAAACUAUCGGCGGAAAAAUCUUUACGUUCGGAUCCUAUAGGUUAGGAGUCCACACGAAAGGUGCUGAUAUUGACGCUCUCUGUGUGGCCCCGCGACACGUGGACAGGUCCGACUUCUUCACCUCUUUUUACGAGAAGUUAAAAGAGCAAGAGGAAGUCAAAGACCUAAGGGCGGUUGAAGAGGCAUUCGUCCCUGUGAUUAAACUGUGCUUUGAUGGCAUUGAGAUUGAUAUCCUGUUUGCCCGGUUAGCGCUGCAGACCAUUCCGGAGAACCUGGACCUCCGGGAUGAUAGUUUACUGAGGAACCUGGAUAUCCGCUGUAUAAGGAGUCUAAACGGUUGCAGGGUGACGGAUGAGAUUCUCCACCUGGUGCCCAACAUCGAGAAUUUCAGACUCACUCUUAGGGCCAUUAAACUGUGGGCUAAGCGUCACAACAUAUAUUCCAAUAUCUUGGGAUUUUUGGGUGGUGUGUCUUGGGCGAUGCUUGUGGCAAGGACGUGUCAGCUUUACCCCAAUGCUGUUGCGUCAACGCUCGUGUACAAGUUCUUCCUAGUGUUUUCUAAGUGGGAAUGGCCUAAUCCAGUCCUUUUAAAGCAGCCUGUGGAGUGUAACCUGAACCUGCCGGUUUGGGACCCGAGGGUAACCCCAAGUGACCGGUACCACCUCAUGCCCAUCAUCACACCGGCUUAUCCUCAGCAAAACUCCACCUACAACGUGUCUGUGUCCACACGCAACGUCAUGGUGGAAGAGUUUAAACAGGGUCUGGCCAUCAUGGAUGAAGUAUUGCAGAACAAAGCCGACUGGUCCAAACUAUUCGAAGCUCCAAACUUCUUUCAGAAAUACAAGCAUUAUAUUGUGUUGCUAGCAAGUGCGCCCAGUGAGAAGCAGCACCUCGAGUGGGUCGGCCUCGUCGAGUCCAAGAUCCGGAUCCUGGUGGGAAGCCUGGAGAAAAACGAGUUCAUCACUCUCGCACAUGUAAAUCCGCAGUCGUUCCCAGGACCCAAGGAAGGCAAUAAAACGCCAGAGUUCAGCACGAUGUGGGUCAUCGGUAUCGAGUUCAAGAAAAUGGAGGGGUCUGAACUCCUGAACGUCGACUUGACGUUCGACAUACAGUCGUUCACGGACACGGUAUACCGUCAGGCCAUCAGCAGCAAGAUGUUUGAGGCCGACAUGAAAAUAACGGCGAUGCACGUGAAGAGGAAGCAGCUUCACCAGCUCCUGCCGGACCUCGUCAUCCCAAAAAGGAGAAAGCAUUCGACCGAAGGCCUGCGCGCUGUAAGUGAGGGCGGCGUAGACUUGUCGCUCGACAGUGAUAACAGCAUGUCCAUGCCCUCACCCACUGGCACCUCCAGUACUGCCAGGAUACCUUCCUCUGCCAGUCCACACCGCCCUACAGGGACCACAGCCAGCUCCGAUUCUCAGGGGAAGAUCGACCCGUCAGGAUGCACGCUUCCUGCUGCUCCGUGUCCGUCUGAGCUGAAGACCUCCAUCGCGAGCGGUCCUCCUUCUGCACAGGAGAAGCUCAGAUUGCAGGAGCCUUCGACUGUGAAUGAGGGCAGUGUGGACUUUACCAUGGACAGGGAUAACAGCAUGUCCAUCCCCUCACCCACUGACGCCUCCAGGACAGCCGUCUCUGCCAGCCCUCACUGCUCCACAGGAACCACUGCCAGCUCCGAUUCUCAAGAAAAGAUGGACAUGUCAGUGGACACACAUCCUGCCGCUGAGAUGAAAUCCCUGAGUCCUACAUGUGCAGAGAAGAGACCGGGCUCACCACUUCAUAAUGAGCAAGCUAAGAAGCUCAGAGUAGACGAGGAUUCUACCUCAGACUCGGUGGACCAGGCUGCUGAAUUUUCUCAGGCUAACGAUCUCACCGUUUUAGAAGGAGAGGUGAAAAUGGAGACAGAGGCAGCGAAGUCUGAUGCUGAUGGGAAGACAUCACCAUCGCAGAAGAUUUCUAGCACCGAUCUGUCCGACGUGGCUCUUCCUCCUGCUAACCCCAUCCAAGUGGUGAAAAACUCCAUAAAGCUCAGACUGAGCAGGUAGAAUUAGUUAGGCCUCUCCUCCGUCU